AUGGCACAUAACAGUGCCUCCCUGCGCGAGCUGCUCUCCAAGUGGGAUGCCCGCGACGAUUCGGUGCUUGCCCCUCUGACGGCUGACGAUCAAAACUCAGUGCUCGAUCUGGUCAACUUGAGUACCAAACGUCCAUUGCCCGAUUUACCGAUCGAGACCACAACCAACGAACCCCAAAACCCGUCCGACCCAGCCCCGAGUGCCGCCGAAACGCCCGAAGAACCAACACCAACGGUCACAGCUGCUCCCGACCAAGCCAUCGAAACAACGCACCAGUUCUUCGCCUGGUUCGAUCAGCUGGAGGCUGCACAAAUCGAGCAGCAAACCCGCCGCCACACAGAGUAUCAAGCAUACCUCUUGCAAUGUCAAGCCACAUGCGAAGCACUGCUUCAAGAAAUUGACAACACGGCAACGUUUCUUGAGACCUUGCGUCAAUUGCACGCAUCAGCCUCGACAAAGACCACAGCCCUGCAUACGGCCUGUGAUCGACUGUUGCAGGAGCAGACGAGCCUGGAAACUUUUGCACAAGCCAUACAACAGCGGUUGGCGUUCUUUACCGAGUUUGAAGCCAUUGCCAAAAAGCUGUCUUCACCAACUUUUAGCGUGCUCAGUGACCAAUUUCUCCCUCUUUUGGGCCGGAUCGAUGAGAUUCUGGGUUUUCUUCAGCAGCAUCCCGAGUACAAAGAUGCCAGUACGUAUCAUGGGCGCUUCAAGCAGCUGCACAGCAAGGCAUUAGCCAUUAUUCGAGCCCACGUUACAAACACGCUCAAGACGGCCACGCAGAGCGUUCAGAUGCAGCAACAAGGCGCCGAGCACGCGGAUGCCGCAGCGGGUGAAAGCUUCACGCUCUUCUAUGGCAAAUUUCGCAUCCACGCACCCCGCAUCCGCACCCUUGUCGAAGAACUGGAACGGCGCCGUGCCACCGCCCCCGACUACGAACCUGUUCUGGACGCCGACUUGGAAGUGGAAUACAAGUCAGAUCUCACGGGCUUUGUGCGAGCUGCCAGUGCCUACAUUGCAAGUUAUCAAAAACGUGCUUGUGGCAAUGAACACCAGCUGUUCAGUCAUUUUUUUCCAACACGCAACGCCGGCUUCACCCAGUUGAUCGACUCAUUGAGCCGCCUGCUCUACGAUGCUGCCCGCCCCCAAUUCUUCCGUCGCGAGAUUGACCUCAAUGCUCUUGUUGACCUUUGCCACAUGCUGCGCAUGGAAAUGUCAAUGAAUACAGCUGACUACUUUGGGGCUUUCCGCGAUGUGCUGUUGGAGUUGUUCCAGGAUGCUCAACAGCGUCUCAUCUACAAGGCUGAGAACUACAUGGACUUGUACAUUCGCGGGUUUAGCCCGACCAAGGCUGACCUUAACUACCCAGAGCGGCUGGAAGUGGCCACGGACGAGCCGCAAAGUAUGUGGUACCGCCCCGUGGUGCAGGCUCUGACCUUGCUGUCCAAGCUCUACACAUCCAUCGAGAAAACCGUUUGUGAGGGGAUCGCACGCGAAAUCUUGUAUGCUGCCCUGGAUACGCUGGAGGAGGGCUUUCGGCUGCUAAAGGGGCAGGAGGACUCGAUCAACGCGCAUCUUUUCUAUAUCAAGCACCUCUUGGUGCUACGUGAGCAAUUAGCCCCGUUCAAGGUGGACUUUAGUUCGAUUGAGACAGAAGUGGACUUUUCCUCGACUCGCGAGGCCGCAUUUGGCUUGCUCGCGCAAGGCUCGGCCAUCUUUCGCUUGGAUAGUGAGAAUGCCUUGCUCAACUUCUUGGUCAAGGGUACACCGGUCAUUGUGAAGAAUCAGCGCGACGCGCGUCGGGACAUUGAUGAGAAGCUGCGAACGAUGUGUCACGACUUUAUCAACAUUGUGGUACAAGCGCUGACGAGCCCUCUAGCGUCCUUCCGCAUCCAGGCCAAGGCUUUUGCAUCUUCCUCGCAGGGCAAGACCAAGCUCUCUAAUCAGGGAUUUGCGAGCCCUGCUGCACUCUCGCGCCUCUUUGCCGAGCAACAGCAAACCCUCCACGACCAGUUGCAUCGCGUGGCGCGAUUACUGGACCUUUACCUGGGUAACAGCCAGGAUGCGGCUGCCAUCCUGUUUCGUCCGGUGCAGGGACAGGUGCUGACAUUGUAUGGGGAGGUGCUGACCCUGCUGCAGGCGUCGUGCGAUGCCGAGCAUUUGGCGCAGGUGGAAGGUUUGCCCAUUCUGGAAGAGGUCAAAUUGUCCGUCAUCCUGCCGUCUCUGGCAAAGACUGAGCCUGCCGCAGCCACGAGCACCUCGAUUCAGGGGGAGGCCGUUGCCCCCGAGUCCAAGUCCAAGCCCAAGCCCAAGCCCGAGCCCGAGCCCGAGCCCGAGCGCAGCGAGCCCGACUUGAAACACGAAGAAACCGAAGAGAGUAACGGCUCUAUUGCUGCUCCCACCGAAGCAUCUGAUGCCGUCGAUGGCUCUCAAGCUUCAUCAUCAGCUCCUACGGCAUGA